AUCUCAUUCUGCCCAGGAAUCUCACAAAAUCAUUUCUCGGGAUUGCCAAGCCAUAUCCCCAAAGUUGUCAACAUGAUUCUGUGGGUUAUCAGCCAAGCCAUCAGGUGUAACCUGUGGGUUACGCCCUUCGCGCUUCACGCACUUUUGCUCCACGACGCGUCCUAUUCUUCCACUUCUUCCAUAUUUCCUCUGCCAGCUUUCAACUCAACAUCAAGGCAAUGUCGGCCGAUAUUCGCAACUUCUUCACACCAAAAGGCGGGCAGCCGGCCGCUGGGAAGCCGAAACCGGCCCCAACCCCUACUCCUGCUUCUGUAUGUCCUUUACUUUGCUCCCUCAAUUGCCCGCCACAAGUUGCAUUUACUAAUUACAAUCACAAUCGCAGAGGAGAGCCUCGGCGAGAAAACGCAGGGUUGUUGGUUCGUGUUCCCCCGCUUUCUUUUCUUUAAUCCGGCGGCUUCCAUGGACGUACUAAAAUAUUCCCCAGAAGACUCCGACGAUGAAGAGAAGCCCGCGAAGAAAAUAGCGGCCAAAAAACCAACUCCGAAGAAAAACACCAAGGAGAACAAAGCUGAGCCCACGACUACAUCCACCUAUUUUUCGAGUACCGGAAAAAAUAAAAUAUUACGUACCUCUCCGCGUAAACCGAAAAAGCCCGCACCCGAAGAAGACUUUCUCGACGAUGACGACUUCGACGAAGGGAUUUACGCAGACGAAUUCAAGAAGUUGGAGGAUGAUUAUAAAGAGGAUGAGGACGAAGCUGCCAAGGCUAGUUUUGCUGUUGUUGUGGAGAAGAAUAGACCAGCAAAAUCUAAAGCGAAGGCCACCCCUCCUACCAAGACGCGGAAGUCCUCUUUACCGAAUGCUAAAGAUGUGGACAUGGAUAGCUUUGUCGUGGGUGGCGAAGAGGAAGAAGAUGAAUACGUGAAGCCAAAGAGACGAAAUGUUACUACCCCUGCGACAAGGAAGCGCAAGACUGCUCCAUUGCACAAUGAACCCGAGGACGAUGACGAUGAUGAGAUUGAGCAAGCUAAACCCGCUGCUAAAGCUUCCAAGCCGACGCCUAAGAAAGCAAAGGCAGUGCUGAGAAAAUCCAAAGAAGCGCCUCAGGAGAGUGAGAGUGUUCGGAAGAUACUCGAUAGUGUCCCGAUAUUUCGGCCACCUACCCCACCACCUCCGACGGAUGGGGAGCCCAAGAAGUUCAGCUAUAGGGAUUUCAAACAACGACAGGGAGUGGCCCCGAUUGCUCCUGGCAGCAAGGAGAUACCUGUUGGCCAGGAAAACUGCCUGACUGGAUUAACCUUUGUUUUCACUGGAAUAUUGGAGAGUCUUGCUCGGGAGGACGGACAACAGCUUGUUAAGAAAUACGGAGGGUACGCUGUUUGUGUUUCCUUUUUGGGGGGAUCAUUACUAAUAUUCUCAAUAGUAAAGUCACUGCAGCCCCGUCCUCAAAAACUUCCUAUGUGGUCCUUGGGAGUGAUGCCGGUCCCAAGAAAUUGGAAACCAUUCGCAAACUUAAAAUCAAGACUAUCAACGAGGAUGGACUUUUCCAGCUUAUUUCAGCUCUUCCUGCUAAUGGUGGUGAUGGCCUUGCCGCGAAGGCCAACGAGGCCAAGAAAGCCGCGGAAGAGCAGAAGGUCCGUGAGCUGGCGAAGGAAAUGGAUAACGAAACCAAGAGAAAAGGAAAGGAAGCUAUUGGGAAGGAGGCUACGGAGCUCUGGACAGUCAAGUACGCGCCUUCGCAGUUGACCCAAAUCUGCGGCAAUAAGGGUCAGGUCGAAAGGCUCGGGAGAUGGUUAAGAAAUUGGCCAAAGAAUCUCAAGACCAAUUUCAAGAUGAGAGGCGCAGAUGGGAUGGGAGGCGCCAGGGCUGUCAUGAUCCAUGGGCCGCCGGGUAUAGGAAAAACAACGGCUGCUCAUCUAGUCGCGAAGCUCGAAGGGUACGAUAUCGUUGAGUCCAAUGCUAGCGAUACUCGUAGCAAAAAGCUCAUGGAGGUGCGAUUUCAUCCAGUCCUGUUUACUCUCUACAUUUGCUGAUGGGAUGAAUAGGAAAAACUUCGUGGUGUGCUAGAUAACAGAUCGUUGUUAGGGUAUUUCGCUGGUGACAGGAAGGAGGUAGAGCACUCCAAGCAGAAGAUGGUCCUCAUCAUGGAUGAGGUUGACGGGAUGUCUGCAGGCGACCGUGGCGGUGUAGGACAGCUAGCCGCUGUGUGCAAGAAGACCAAUGUAUGUCACAAAAUAACCUUAUCCAAAUUCAGCGUUUGAAAUCUAACCUUUCCAGAUUCCCAUCAUCUGUAUUUGCAACGAGCGCAGACUGCCUAAGAUGAGACCAUUCGACAUGGUGACCUAUGAUCUUCCAUUCAGGCGUCCCGACGCCGCCGCAGUUCGCUCUCGCAUAAUGUCUAUUGCAUAUCGUGAAGGCAUCAACCUACCACCGAAUGUCAUUGACCAACUUGUGGAGGGGACACAUGCAGAUAUUCGCCAAAUAAUCAACAUGUUAUCCACCUAUAGCACUACACAAUCAAGUAUGACAUUUGAUCAGGGAAAGAAUUUGUUAGUACCCUAUGCCGUCCUUUGCCCUGUCUUCUAACUAACUGUAUAAUAGGGCGAAAGCUUGGGAGAAACAUGUGGUAUUGAAACCUUGGGAUAUCGCGCAAAAGUUGCUGGGUAGUGAGAUGUUUGCACCAACGAGUAAGAAAACUCUUAACGACAAGAUUGAGCUCUACUUCAAUGAUCACGAGUUUUCGCACUUGAUGGUGCAGGAGAACUACCUGAAGACCAAUCCGGCAAGGGCAAACAGCUAUCACGGGCGGGAGAAAAAUCUGAAAAUGCUUGAAUUGGUUGAAAAUGCUUCAGAGAGCAUCUCUGAUGGUGAUUUAGUAGAUGCGCUCAUCCAUGGGUAUGUUUCCAAGUCUUGGUCCUGAUUACAUGUCUGAACUAACACUUGACAAAGCCCUCAACAGCAAUGGAGUUUGAUGCCCGCUCACGGAAUGUUUUCUACUGUUAAGCCGGCCUCUUACAUGUAUGGCAGCUUUGGGGGACAGCAUUUCAGCUUCACAUCGUGGCUAGGAAAUAACUCAAAACAAGGCAAGUUGAGCCGAUUCGUUAAAGAGAUUCAAUCGCAUAUCCGACUCCGUGCAUCCGGUGAUCGUCAUGAGGUCCGUCAAAGCUAUAUUCCGGCAUUCUACAACAUGCUCGCCAAACGUCUUGAGCGUGAGGGCAAAGAUGCGAUCUUCGAGGUCAUCGAUACCAUGGACAACUACUUUCUGACAAAGGACGACUGGGACGCAACUGUUGAGCUCAUUGUUGGACCAGCGAGCGCGCUUGACAUCCCAACUCAAACUAAGAGCUCGUUUACUAGACAGUGAGCAGAUUCCCUAUCAUCGUUCUUGCAGUUCCAUAGUUAACAGAGUAGAUACAACUCGAUGUCUCACCCCAUGCCCUUCAUGAAAUCUUCCGGCUUCGCCGCUCCAAAAGCCAGCAAGCGCGAUGCCCCAGAUCUUGAAGAUGCCAUCGUCGAGAGUGAGGAUGAAGGAGGCGAUGAGGACGCCAUUAAGAAACAAGCCGAGGAGGAACAAGACCUCUCGAAGGACAAGUACGUUAAGGCGAAGAAACCUAAGGCCGCCCCGAAGGGUAAGGGCAAAGGAAAAGCUGCUCGAAAGAAGAGCCAGCAGGAAGAUGACGACAAUGACGAUGAUGAUUACGAUGAAGAUAGCGAACCUAAAAAGAAACCAAAGGCCACCCCAAAGCCGAGAGUGAAGGGCAAGGGAAAAAAGUAGCUCCAUGUUUACCAUGUUUGCAAUGGUGAAUGCUCAGAAUUUUCCUGUUUUUUGAUUUUUGAUUUUUUGAUGUGUAUAUUUAGUUUUACGUUUCUCUAGCUACAUGAUUACUUACCUUGGCAGUUUUGAAUUAUCCGCGUGUUGUUGCUUAGUGUAGUUACUUUCAGUUGGGCGCGUUUGUGGUUUUGAAAGCAGAGAUAAAAGGGGGGGGGGGGGCUUUUGUCGCUAUCGUGUUGCAGCUGAGUAUUGUUUUUUUUUUCUUUUUCUUUUCUUCAGAUACCAUGUUUGCUCAAUGGAUGGAUGGAUGGAUCAGUGGGUGUAAAAUACUCAUAAUUGAAAACGAAUAGUAUGCUUG